UUCGCGUUCGACUGGUCCGGUCGAUCGGGUGCCAUGGGGAUGUCUUCCUCCCCAAGUUGGCCUUCUAGGCAUCGAGGUAGAUGCGUGCGGCUGGUGGCAUCACUAUGUUUGGUUGCAGCUCACGAGCCGCCGACCUGGACGGAGGGCUGCGCGAUCGGCGACCGGAUCGAGGGGCGCUACGGACACACGGCGGUGAUGGACGGCGACGGGAAGAUGUGGGUCUUUGGUGGAGACAGCGGCGAUGACAAUGGCUUUCGCAAUGAUGUGUGUUACUUGGACACAGAGGCCAUUCCGCCCAGUUGGACCUGCCCAGUCGUCACGUCUGGCGAGAGUCCCUCCGGCCGCUAUGGGCAUAGCGCGGUUUUGGACCCUGAGGGAAAGAUGUGGAUCUUCGGUGGGCGCAGCAGUAGUAGCAGCAGCAGACUCCUGAAUGACGUCUGUUUCUUGCGCACUCAGGCAAGUCCACCAACGUGGAUCUGUCCAUCGACCGAUGGCGAUGGCCCAGACGCCCGCUUGUUGCACACCGCUGUGAUGGACACAUCGCAGAGGAUGUGGGUCUUUGGUGGGCAAAGUAGCGAUGGGAGUUACUUGGAUGAUGUGUACUAUUUGGACACCCAGGCAUCCCCACCUAUAUGGAUGAAUCAGACCUUGUCCAACCCGCUUGACCUCUCGGGGCAUACUGCAGUCAUGGACAGCAACACCAAGAUGUGGGUAUUUGGUGGAAGCAGCAGCAAUAGCAGCUACUUGGAUGAUGUGUAUUACCUGGAUCUCGAGGCAACUACUCUCACCUGGAGUUCUGCAGAUCCUGACGCACAAGAUCCUUCGCCUGUAGGGCGCUUGUUGCACGCAGCCGUGAUGCAUCCGAAUGGAUCCAUGUGGAUCGUUGGUGGACAAGACGGCAGUUCUUUGGAUGACGUCUGCUACUUCAACACCCAGACCCGUCCACGCACUUGGACGUGUCCCACGACGCGUGGAUUCGGCCCCUCCGGGCGCUAUGGCCAUAGUGCGGUCUUCGACCCCAAUGCGACCAAGAUCUGGAUCUUUGGUGGGCAAAUCCACACGAGUAGCUAUCUGGAUGAUGUUUAUUACUUGGACUUCGAGGCUACCACUACGACCUCCACAACGUCGCAGUCGCGCACCACAACGUCUUCUUCGACAUCUUCCUCCAGCUCCUUAUCCACAAGUUCAAUAACCACCAGCUCCAGCAGAACCAUUUCAGGCGAUCCAGCGGAACGACUGCUCCAGCUGAAGGAGCAGCAGGAUGCCAGCGUGCUGCGCGUCUCGGCUUGGCUGGCGCAAAGCGAUGACGUGGGGCCGAUCCUCUACAACGAGACAUCGCAGGGUGCCAAUGGCGAGGUGCUCGUCACCUAUGCAAUUAAGGUACCUCCAGACAACUCCAGCGUAUCACUGGACCUUGAGAUGACCAAGAUCUUAGUGCCGGCCUUGUUGAUCAAGCAGUUGCAGAACCACUCGAAUCGCAGCGGAGCGAUCGUGUCCGUGGCCUCUAUCCCGGCCAGUUCCAUUGUUGCCAAGCUUCUUGUGAGGGACAACGAGACCAGACUGCAGGGUGAUCUGGUGAACUUUUUGGCCUACAAUUCUGAUGGAGUCCUGUCUGAGGAUAUUUUCCAAGAGCCUGUCAAGAUUGAAUUUCCUCCCUCUCCUCGCCGAGUGCAGCAGCGUGAGGAUUGUACCAGGGACCCACUCGAGGUCUGUGUGGGUGUGGACCCGAUGACUUCGGUGCGAGAAGAGGCGCCGCCCGUGGGUGCGGGCACCUGCGCCCUGGAGAAAUUCUUGUUAGUGGGUUUGCUCGUGGACACGCUGGAGGAGAGUCGUCCGGACGAGGCCUUUUUGGUGGCAUGGUGGACCGAUAUGCAAUGGGCAUUGAAUUUGCGCGCGAUCAUCAUUUGGGUCACGGUGAUGGUAAUGGCGAUUCUGUUCUGCUUGGCAAGAAGAGCUGAUCAAAGGCAUGACUCAGCCCUGAGCGAAUUGAGAAGAGAUGUGGACGUGGAGACCGCAACGGAUUGCGAAAGGAAGGCCUUUCGGAAGCGAAGGGGGAGGACGGACCAGUUCAGGCAUGCGAUCAUACAGAGGGUGGUUGAAAAUGAGAUAGGUGUAGGCGUUGGCUUCUCAGACGAGCUGGACAAGUAUCCGCCUGACACUGAGUGGCACAAUACACACAAUGAAGUUCGAAAGGAUUUCCUUGGCAGACAAGACGUCUAUGGAGGCCUUUUCGGACGCUUCCCAGCUUUGUAUGUGGCCUGCUUCGGCUGCCGAAGCAUUUGGUUGCCCUCAUUCCCACAGACCUCGAAGCAGCGCUGGGCCGUGUUGUCUUGCGCGAUCUUCGGCAGCAUGGCGGCCGCCGCCCUGCUACGCAAUCAGGCGGACUCAGGAGCCACACGGUGGGAGGUGAUCACCCCCGUGUCGGUGUGCAUUGGCCAUUGUCCGCUCUAUGCUUUGCUGGCAAUCCAGACGUUUUGCCUCGACGAGAAGAGACAUGUUUGGCUGGUGGUUUUCUGGUUCAUCACAAGCUCCUUCAACCUGCUAAGCAUCCAUAUUAUCUGCGGGUUCCUCUACAGUGAAUGCAGCAUGGGCGUGAUUGACGGCUGGUUAUCGUGGCAAUUCUUUCUGCACAUCCUUGGAAUCCAGAUUUUGUUGCCAGCCUGCUAUGCGAUGUUCCUCUUGACCUUGCUGCCGAGCUCUGACAGUGAUGGCGAUGAUGGCACCUAUGUGACGCGCAUCUCCCCAACAUUCUCAGCCCCCCCCACCCCCAACAGCUUACGAUCCUCGCCCAGCUUCCGAUCCUCGCCCAGCUUCCGAUCGUCGCCCAGCCUCAGAACCUCCAACAGCUUCAGAACGCAGACGUCCAAGACCUCCUGCGGAGUAAGUCCCAGCGCAAGUCCGAGACAUGAGGCCGAAAAGCCGGAACUGGCCAUGUUCUCCGCGCGCUUCGACGGAGGGCCCGUCGAAGUGCUGAUGCGCGAGGUGUAUAGGAUUUUGAAGGUCCGAGGAUAUGAGGUCCUCAUGGUGGACGCCCACCUAGGGGAUAAUUUCGGAAUGAUGACCAGCGCCUACUUGAACAAGCUCUUAGAGAAGAAGGGCAGAAGCGUGAUGCUUGCGGUGUGUACGCAUGACUAUGCUGAGAUCACCUCAUCUCAGUACAGCAGCAACAAAGAACUGACCUUUGCCCACGAGAAUCGAAUACCAAUCUGGCCAUUAAGGGUUGAUGAUAUCUAUCCGCCGGAGCCGCCCAAGAACCACUUUGACCCAGAUGGAGCGGCAGCUGGCCUGGUGCAACUAGCCCUUCCUCCAAGCCUUUUGUAUGAGGAUUGUCGUUUUAAGAGUGCCGAUCAAAUUGCCGAUGUGCUUGGAGCGAGACUGAGACACCCGUCCGCUGCCAGGACACUGACUGAUGUAGAUUGACACGAGAUCCGGCAGGACGCUGCCUGAGGGCUGCAAGGAGCAUGCUUGCUUCUCCGAGUCCCAGCUCCAACUGUCAGGACGAGGCUCUCCAUGCUGGAGCUUUCUCCUUCUUUUCACGUCGUUCUUCGGCAAGAAUGGGCAAAGAACGCAAAGUAAUGACAUUGUGGGGCGUCGGAACGGGGCCAGAAUACUUGCUUGACUUUGCUGCAGAAAGUGCUUUUGGAAACCUGGUUUAUCGCCAAUCAUGGGAUAUUCCGCCGACCCCAAUAAGUUAUUUUGCGGUUGGCCAAUUCAAUGCCUAAGCUGCAGUGUUUUUGCUGUGAAUUAGCCCGUGACCAUGCAUGCACGGCAACCAUGGGUUUUUGGUUUGCGAAGGCAAGUCUAAAGAGGAACAUUCCUCCGAAUGUAAGGGUGAAG